AUGAUCAUCGGUAACGUCUACUUCAUCGCGGCCGUAGCCGUGGUGGGUGGUGCACUAUUCGGUUUCGAUAUCUCGUCUAUGUCUGCUAUCAUCUCAACUGAUGCAUAUCUGUGUUACUUCGAUCAAGGAGGUAUGGUCGAUGGUAAAUGCACUGGUCCAACUCCAAAUGUUCAAGGUGGUAUCACCGCUGCUAUGCCUGCUGGAAGUUGGCUUGGAGCUUUGAUAUCUGGUUAUAUCUCAGAUAUACUCGGUAGAAAGAAAUCCAUUCAGAUUGGUUCUGUCAUCUGGAUACUCGGUUCAAUUAUCGUCUGCGCUUCCCAAAACAUCCCUAUGCUCAUUGUCGGACGUAUCAUUAACGGUAUCUCGGUUGGGAUCUGCUCUGCUCAAGUUCCUGUCUACAUCACUGAGAUUGCACCACCUUCUAAGCGUGGAAGACUCGUCGGUUGCCAACAAUGGGCUAUCACAUGGGGUAUCCUUAUCAUGUUCUACAUUUGUUACGGAUGCUCAUUCCUCAAAGGAACAUCUGCUUUCCGUAUUCCAUGGGGUCUGCAAAUGGUCCCAGCCGUCUUCCUUUUCUUCGCUCUGUUCUUAUUGCCAGAGUCCCCACGUUGGCUCGCUAGAAAAGACCGAUGGGAAGAGGCUCAACAGGUUUUGGCUCUUGUUCACGCUGGUGGUGAUAUGAACUCUGCAUUUGUUGCCAAGGAAUUGGCGGAAAUCAGAGAAGUUGUUGAAUUUGAGCGAGCUAACGCUGAUGUUACCUACAUGGAGUUGUUCAAGCCCGACAUGAUUAACCGAACACACAUCGGUAUCUUCACACAGAUUUGGUCUCAACUUACUGGUAUGAACGUCAUGAUGUACUACAUUACCUACAUUUUCACCAUGGCCGGUUUGGGUAACAACGUACUCCUACCUUCCUCGAUUCAAUUCAUCAUCAAUGUCGUAAUGACCAUUCCUGGAUUGAUCUGGGUCGACCGAUUGGGUCGUCGUCCUGUUCUCUUGGUUGGAGCUUUCUUGAUGAUGAUUUGGCUCUUUAUCAAUGCCGCUCUCUUGGCCACAUACGGAACAGUUCCAUACAAAGGUCAAUUCUCCAGUGCCGCCGAGUCCAUCUCCAUCACCGGAGCCCCAUCCAAAGCCGUCAUUGCAUGCACAUACCUCUUCGUAGCAUCAUACGCCCCAACAUGGGGACCCGUUUCCUGGAUCUACCCACCCGAGCUCUAUCCACUCCGCGUCCGUGGAAAAGCCGUGGCUCUCUCCACCUCUGCCAAUUGGGCAUUCAAUUUCGCCCUGGCAUACUUUGUUCCCCCGGCCUUUGCCAAUAUUCGCUGGCAAGUCUAUAUCGUCUUUGGAGUUUUCUGCAUAGCCAUGUUCCUUCACGUCUACUUUGUCUUUCCGGAGACAAGUCAGAAACCGUUGGAGGAGGUGGAGGAAAUCUUUGAUUAUUCUACGCCUGGCAGUAUCAAGUUUCUGGGUACGCCGGCUUGGAAGACAAGUGUGGAUACUAGGGCGGGGAGGUUGGAGAGGGGCGAAUUCGACGAGGAGGAUAAAUUGGGUGCUAGUGUGGCGCAUGUUGAUGGGGAUGGGGUGGCGCAGGGUAAUGAGGUUCCUAAGUCUGAUUUUUAG